AUCUUACGUCAUCAGCGUGUGACAGUGUUUACUGAGGGAGCAUGACAUCUUUCCUGCAGUGUUAUAGCAAGUUGUAUACGGUUUUAUUUCUGGCUCUGGGAGGAUGUCUAUGGACGUGACCUUCCUCGGAACCGGCUCGGCUUACCCGUCUCCUCACCGCGGUGCCUCGGCUCUGGUGCUGCGGACCGAAGGGGAGUGUUGGCUCUUCGACUGCGGAGAGGGAACCCAGACCCAACUAAUGAAAAGCCAGCUCAGAGCAGGUCGCAUCACCAAGGUUUUCAUUUCCCACUUGCACGGGGAUCACCUGUUCGGCUUGCCAGGUCUCCUUUGCACCGUGAGUCUCAACACCAACUCCGACCCCCAGCAGAGCCUGAACUGCGUGGACAUCUACGGGCCCCGGGGCCUCCGGCACUUCCUCAGGGUGACACUUGGCCUCACGGGAUCGCAGCUGCUCUUCCCUUACGCAGUGCAUGAACUGGAGCCCACGUCUGACCAGAGUCCAGAAGAGGGACAGCUCAGCCUGGAGUUGACAGCAGAGCGCGGCCCUCUCCAUCCACAGGAGCAGCCGGGCAGGACGAUCUCCCUGGACGUCUCCAGCGACUGUUACGUGCUCUUUGAAGACAAGAAGUUUGUCGUCAAAGCCUUCAGGCUGUUUCACCGCAUCCCCUCUUUUGGGUUUUGUGUUCAGGAGCAUGACCGACCUGGAAGAUUAAAAACAGAGCUACUGAAGCAGCUAGGUCUGAAACCAGGGCCUCUCUAUGGACGUCUCAAAGCUGGACAGUCUGUCACUCUCGAAAGCGGCCGCGUGGUUCAGCCCAGUGAGGUGCUGGAAGAAGCCAUCCCGGGGAGGAAAGUGUGCGUCUUCGGGGACUGCAGCUCGGUGCUCGGGGACGGAGCGCUGAAGUUGUGCAAGGGAGCGGACGUUCUGGUUCACGAGGCCACGCUCGGGGACGAGCACCGCGAGAAAGCGGUGGAUCACGGACACAGCACGCCGGAGAUGGCGGCGGCAGUGGCUCGGGCUUGCUGCGCCCGGAGGCUGGUGCUGUACCACUUCAGUCAGCGGUACAAGCCGAGCUCCCUGCUGAAGGAGGGGGACGAGGACGACGUGUCGGAGCUCAAGAGGCAGGCGGAGGGAGCGCUACAGGACAGUGGGGUGGAGGUGACUCUGGCUGAGGACUUUCUGACUUUACCCAUCCCUCUGAAUAGACAGAGGUAAUAAACGACCAGUUCAGUGGUGUGGUGUUUUUUUGUUAUUCCUGUAAGAGAACCCACAUGGAAACAAAUCUCGGCUCAAGAUCCACUUAUUAACUUUGGACCAUGUCAAACUGGCUCAACUCAUGUUUCAUUGUUGUGCAUUAUAUUAGCGUGGAUUAAGACCUAAAGAAAGCGCAGGCUUAAGUAACAAGGAGGCACAAUUUAGGAGACUAGCACGAGUCCGGUCCCUCCAAUGGGAGAACCAGAGCAUAGAGGUAAAAUAUUCAACGCAUCUUUACGAGCCACAUAUCUUCCAAACAUCCUGACACUAGAGCAGCUUUUUCUGACAAAAUCUUUGAGAUCUGAUUGUGUCUCUGAGGCACAGAUCUGUAAUAUCCAGCAACGCAUAUCUGAAAAAUUGAGUGAAAUCCCCACGACAUUCAGACUUACUGACCGCGUCCACUUAGAGACAGGAAGGGCACGCCGUUACAUAUAAGCAGCAGCUUUAAUGGACUGCGUCAUCAGGCCGAGAGUCUGAGGGAGGAAGCCCCAGGACAAACAACUAAAUGGAUCCUGAGCCGAGACCGUUGCCGUUUCCAAGGUUAAGAACGAUUUAGUCCCGUCAUCACUUUGGACCCUAGUCUUUUCAUAAAACAACUCGAUACGAAAGCACAAUCCGUCCAUACGAUAAAGAGCAUGCAAUUAUCUCUGAACCUUUUCCAGAGCUUUAUUUCUGGAUCUGUACACAAGGUAUUAAAGUACAACAGAAAAUACAAAAUAAUGUUUAACAAAAGAAAAAAAAAAAAACAACUCAAUGUUUAUGUACAAUUCUUAUAAACAAUAAAGAUAGCUUCUUGAACAUUUCUCAUAGUGAAGUUUUUGAUUGUCUAUAUUUCUGGAUAUACAUUUUUAAGUUUUGUAGGUUGUUUUUUUUAUUCACAAAGGUGUUUUCAUCAAAGGACUGGAGUUUUCUUUUUCCAAAACCACAACUGCUGCUGUAUUUUUUUUUUUUGUCUUUUUUAAACUUCAAAACACAAUACAAAAUAUAAAAUAAAUUUGUUUAGUGCUUUCUUGCACACACAAGUCUCAUACCAGAGAUAUCAAUAAAAUAUCACAUUUUCGAGAGUUCACAGGGUGGUGAAAAAAAAAAACCUACUUCUACUACUUAAUGGCCUUUACAUUCUGACAGUUUUUCUGAGUCUUUGUACAAACCACAGGUGAAAUAAAUAUCACUGCACUGCUAAAGCUAGAAGAGCUUGGAGGACCUACUGCAUUAUGCACAUUGCAUUUAAAGAGAAACUGGCUCUCCACAUACUUAGAGCAGCAGCCAUCCCUUUACCAUCAAGACAAAUAUAGACGACAACAUGUAAAAAGAUUAAAUUUUUUUUCUCCAAGGAAAGAAAAGAUGAGUGUCUUUUACACAUGGCUGCAAGUUUCAGAUGCAAAAAUUGCAACAUUGAGUAACAUCAAUACGUCUUCAGGUAAAGCCGUUUUCAGUGGUACACUUGAGAAACAGGCACAGCUGGCAUGCGUGGGUUUCAGCUGUGACCCCGGCGUCUGGGUAUCGUGACUUUCCAAACCGAAAAAGAAAUGAAAAUACACCCAGUCAACCAGUAAAAUGCAAGAAAGG